AUGACUUACAAGGUGAGCUGUUGCAAUGAUGGCUCUAAUGGAACAGUAGGGACCAUCCUGAAAUUUGAUAACGUUACCAUCUUAAUUGACCCAGGCUGGACAAGUACGGAGGUUUCGUAUGUCGAUUGCGUCAAGUACUGGUCUAAUUUAAUACCUGAGAUUGAUGUAAUACUCAUUUCACAACCUACCAUUGAAUGUCUCGGUGCAUACACGUUACUAUACGAAAAUUUCCUUUCUCACUUCCUUUCAAGAAUUGCUGUGUAUGCAACCUUACCUGUGGCUAAUUUGGGGAGAGUGUCAACAAUAGAAUGGUACGCCUCUCAGGGGAUAAUUGGCCCUUUUUUGGAUAGCAAUAAGAUGGAAGUGGAAGAUAUAGAGGCUGCCUUUGAUCAUAUACAAAUCCUGAAAUAUUCUCAAAUGAUUGAUCUUCGAUCAAAAUUUGAUGGGUUGACAUUUUUCGCUCUAAACUCAGGUGUGAACCCAGGUGGAUCCAUCUGGUGCAUUUCUACAUAUUCUGAAAAAUUAGUCUAUGCUCCAAGGUGGAACCAUACUAGAGAUACAAUAUUAAAUGCCGCAUCUUUGCUAGAUAACAUGGGCAAACCAUUAUCUACGUUAAUGCGACCCUCCGGUAUUAUCACUUCAUUUGAUAAAUUUGGUUCCGUCAAGCCCUAUAAGAAGCGUGCCAGGAUAUUCAAAGAUAGCUUGAAGAAAGCGUUGAGUAACAAUGGAACUGCGCUAAUCCCCAUUGAUAUUGGCGGGAAAUUCCUUGAUGUAUUUGUAUUGGUUCAUGACUUCCUUUAUGAGAAUUUGAAGAAUGGGAUGUUUAAUAGAUUACCAAUACUACUGGUCUCUUAUUCUCGUGGUAGGGCCUUAACUUAUGCCAAAUCUAUGUUAGAAUGGUUAUCCUCGACCCUUCUGAAAACAUGGGAAUCUAGAAGUAACGAGACUCCAUUUGAGUUGGGUGGUAGAUUUGAAUUUAAAGUGGUGACACCUGACGAACUGAAUAGAUACAGUGGAAGUUCCAAAAUCUGUUUUGUAUCCCAAGUGGACCCUUUACUGAAUGAUGUGUUCGACAAGUUGGGUUCCAUGGAACAGACAACCGUUCUUCUAACUUCCAAGUACAACGGCAAUCAAUACGUACCCUCCAUUAUGUUUAACCAAUGGUCCAAAAUGGAAAAGGAACAAGGUGUUCAAGAGGGAGAAUCACUUAACUUUGCCCAAACUGUUGCGGUUAAGAAAGUUAGGUUUAGCACCUUGAAUGCAGAAGAUGUGGAGAAGUUUCAGGAAAUGACCAAGCAAAGGAAAAUUGAAAAGGAACAAUUAAAGAAAGGAGAUGAUUUUCGUCAGAAAAGUAUUACAUCUUUUAAUGGGGGUCCAACCUCUGGGCAGAAUGAAGGUGCUGAAGAGCAAGAUGAAGACGAGGAUGAAGAUGAAGAUGAAGACCCGUUAAGUUCAAGAACUCAAGACACACAAAAGUUUCAAACACCUGUCGAUGUGAUACUUCAGAAAACAUCUCUAUUAAAACAUAAAAUGUUCCAAUUCCACCCUGUUAAGAUAAAAAGAGACGACUAUGGUACUAUUUUUGAUUUCAACAUGUUGAUACCGAAGGAUCAAGAGGAGAUAGAAGAAACAUCAAAAUCAAAGAGAAGAGCUAUAAUACAUUCAGAUUCAGCACAUGAUGAGGAUUCAUACGAUCCUGCAAAACAAAUUAACAAGAAACGUAAGGGUACUCCAGAACUAGAAAUGAAUAAUUUUGACAAUUUAUCGUAUCUUGAUACCAGCAAUACUGUAAAAUCUAGAUCAGAAACUAACGAGCAGUUGAUACUAAGAUGCAUGAUAACAUAUAUUAACCUCGAGAGUUUGGUGGAUCAGCGGUCAGCUUCCGUCAUUUGGCCCUCAUUAAGGGCCAGAAAAUUAAUUAUUCAAGGUCCUGAAGAAGUUCAAGAUGAAAAAUUAAUAAACAUGCUAAGAAAGAAGGGAACAGAUACUCUAGUUCUUCCACUAGGUGAAGAUGUAGAAUUUACAACAACGAUCAAAACAUUGGAGAUAUCGUUAGAUCCUGAUCUAGACAGUCUCUUGAAAUGGCAGAAAAUUAGUGAUCGUUACACUGUGGCACAUGUUACAGGUCAUCUAGUGAACGAAAAAUCCUUAGUAAACGGUCAACCAACUAGCAAGUCUAAACUUGUCCUAAAGCCAAUGGAUAACAUCACCAAGAUCCAUGCCAGCGGGACCCUUUCUGUAGGUGACGUGAGAUUAGUCGAGCUGAAGAGGAAACUGACGGAAAUACAUCAUGUUGCAGAAUUUAAAGGAGAGGGUAUGCUUGUGAUAGACGAUAAAGUGGCAGUGAUGAAAGUCAGCGACGGGGAAACCAUUAUUGAUGGAUCUCCAUCAGAACUUUUUGACCUGGUCAAGAAAAUGGUCACAGAUAUGUUAGCUCAGGUAUGA